GAGGAGGCCCGGCGCCUGCACCUCGGCCGGCCCGACCUGGCGCGCCUAGUCAGCAACUGGCUGGCGGCCCUGCGGCAGCUGCCCGCGUCGAGCGCCGCUGACGUCAGCAGGGAAGGCCGCGGCGGCCCACUGCAGGUCGGGUGCUACGCCAUGGGUCCCAGCGGGCUGCUGUCGCAGGCCCAGCUGCUGUGCCAUGACCUGAACAGCGGCCGCGGCGGCAGCAAGGGCGCGGCAGGGUGGGCGGCGGCCAAGGGGCCGGGCGGCGGCGGCGGCGGCCGGGGCAGGGGUGUCUUCAUGCGCUAUGUCUGCAGGACCCACAACCUCUGA